UUCCGCCCGGGCACUUCCUCCAUAACUAUUCUUGUCCGCUGUCACUCAAAUCAAGACAGAAGCUUGUGACGAGUCAAGAGUGUGUUUGCUUUGGCAUCAUGGAUGAUCUUCUGCCCUCCAUGCUCGGGGUCGAUCCACACAUGAUGGCCGAGCCAGCGAUCCGGAUCUUCGAGCAGCCCAAGCGGAAAGGAAUGCGCUUCCGAUACGAGUGUGAGGGUCGCUCGGCCGGCAGCAUCCUCGGAGAGAAAAGUACGGACAACAACAGAACCUACCCCAGUCUGCAGAUUCUGAAUUACUGCGGCCGGGGUAAAGUGUGUGUUUAUUUGGUGACAAAGAACGAGCCAUACAGGCCGCAUCCGCACGGCCUGGUGGGCAAGGACUGCAAAGACGGAUACUACGAGGCCGAGUUCGGGCCGGAUCGCAAAGUGAUUGCUUUCCAGAAUCUGGGCAUCCGGUGUGUGAAGAAGAAGGAGGUGAAAGAUGCCAUUAUCGAGAGGAUUAGCAGAGGGAUCAACCCAUUCAAUGUGCCGCGAGAGCAGCUGCUGCAGACAGACGAGUAUGACCUCAACGUGGUCCGCUUGUGUAUACAGGUUUUCCUGCAGGAUGAGACCAGCCACUACACCCGAGCACUGAACCCCGUGGUCAGCAACCCCAUCUAUGACAACAGGGCUUCGAAAACGGCAGAGCUGAAGAUCUGUCGGGUGAACAGCAACAGCGGCUCAGUGAAGGGAGGAGACGAGAUCUUCCUGCUUUGUGAUAAAGUACAAAAAGAUGACAUCGAGGUACGAUUUUUCUCCGAUGGCUGGGAGGCCAAAGGCUCAUUCUCCCAAGCCGAUGUUCAUCGCCAAGUGGCCGUCGUGUUUAAGACGCCGCCUUUCUAUAACACCUCGAUAACGGAGACGGUCACGGUGCAAAUGCAGCUGCGGCGACCGUCUGAUCAGGAGGUCAGCGAACCGCUGGAUUUCCGAUAUCUCCCCGAUGACAAAGACCCUUACGGCUAUAAUAGAAAAAAGCGCAGUCGAGAGAACUUAAUGAAGAUGACGGGAUUGUCAGCAGUUCCAUUUUCUGGUUUGGCGAUGAGCAGGCAAAGGGCCGUGCCACAUAACAGGACCAACAUGCAGAAAGACAACAUGUACAACAUGAGGCAGCCUUCACCUUCAAUGCAGCAGCAACCGACUGUCUUCAACCAACCGUACCACGCAAACGUUCCGGUCAACCAUUCCUGGACAAAUCCCAAUGCGGUAAUCCCGAUGGAUACCGUCAGCAUCAAUCCUUCUAACGCCAUGACCAAGCUGUCCCAUCCCAAGAAUAAUCAGUUACAGCAUCAAAACCGUGCCUCUGGUUACUCCUGUGAAAGCGAUGGACUCCCUCAGCUUUCCAUGAGGGACCUGCAGUGCUUGGAUGCGGCUGGGAUGAGCCAGCCCGAGUCCCACUCACUCCUCUACAUGCAUCACCAGAGGGAAGAACGGGCCUCUGAUCACCCGGGCCAGAACCACCUCGGGAGCCAGAACCAGGGUCUCCAAUCUCGUUGGAACAAUUUUCAGAAGACCUUUGACUGCUCCGUACCUGUCGGAGAAGGCGGAGCUCUUGGGAUAGGAUCGUUCCCGCUUUUGGAAGGGAUGGAAAAGAAUGAAUUUUUAAAGGGCCAAGUCAGGGGAGGGUGUCAGAUCGGAUUCCCGCUCAAGCAGGAGCCCCAGAUUCCGAUAGGACAAGAGUCCAACGUACCUGUCAUGACAUUCCCAGGAGAAAACCAUGGAAACACUUACACCAACCUGCUUCCUCGUUGUUUGGGAAAUGGCAUGAAUGUGUCGAGGCAAGACGCUGGCGGAAAAACUCAGCCUUCCGAGACUCACUUUGCAACUGUGGCGGACUGGUUAAGAGCCGAGACGGUCAAUCCGUGUAGUCAAAGCAGUAACUACAAGGAAUGACAUCCAAGGAGUUCCUGUUUGAUCUCAUUUAGCAUUGACUCCCAGAAGAGAAACAUUCCUCAUUGUUCCGGUCCCAGCUUGAGUGGAUUCAACCAGUUGGAGAACCAGAUCAAGGAUGUAGUCCGUGAGUCAAACUCAGGUCUGCAGGACAAAUCCGUCAUUGGACACGUGGGACUGUUGAGUGGGACCGCAUUUCGGACAAACAAACAAUUCUUCCGGCAUCAACUACUCCUGAAAGCUGCAGUAUUACUGUUACGACCAUUCCUACCAAGGGUGCCAGAUGGGUGCCAGAUCCAGACCAAAAGUCCGCUUUGGUCCGCAACAUAAAAUCAGCUCGGAGUUUUGGUUCCCUGUGGGAUUGACCAUGACACCCCUUUCGUUUCGCUUGUCCUGGAGCCUAUUCCAGCCGUCUUCGGGCGAGAGCUUGCUCGGGAAUUGACAAGGUACUAAAAUUCCCAUUGAGGAAAUUUGAGGAAGCACACAAGAGUUGUGAAUUUCCUUAGUAAAUGACUAUGUCACAUCAGUGAUCAUGUCUUAUUCUUUCAUGUUUUCUAACAAAUGUUUGAUUUAUACGCUCGUAAAUAUGAUUAUUGUAUCAUUCAUUGCUUCAUUGAUAUGUUUAAGGACAAUUGUUAACUACUGUACUUUGGUUUUGAUGGAUUUUUGCUGCCGAAUGCCGUUUGAAUAAACGUAGUUGGUCCAGUAGCUUGUCAUUUCCUGGCUUUGGAGGCACAUGAUGGUAAUGGUAAUGGUAAUGGUAAUGGUAAUGGUUUAAUUUCAUUUGAACAUGCAUCAGAUUACAAUUGAGUGCAUCCCAUAAUCAGUUCACAGUUCCACAUGUCCAAAAGGAGUAGGAAGAAGCAAAGCUUAUUAAAUCCUACCCCUCCAUCUAGUACUUUUACAAUCACUAACUGUUACAUUUGUUCACUUCCUGCUUUCCAUAAUACAGUUUAAGUUUUUUUUUUACUUUACUUUGUACUUAUUCAUUUAUUUCCACAUUUAGAUUUGAUUUCCCAUAUUUUAACUUUUUCGGCAACCCAAUUUUCCUAAAAUGAUUCAUUUUCUUUUUGGUUUCAACUUUGCUACUAAUUUUUCUUUGUAAAAUUACUGCUGAUGUUUCCCAUAUUUGCUGUUUUUUGUUGUGAGCUGCAUUGCCCCCCCCUUCCCCCUCCCCAUCUAGGCAAUAAUAAAACACACAUCGUGGGUAGUUUUCAACAUCCCAUAAUCAGUUCCCAGUUCCACAUGUCCAAAAGGAGUAGGAAGAAGCAAAGCUUAUUAAAUCCUACCCCUCCAUCUGGUACUUUUACAAUCAGUAACUGUUACAUUUGUUCACUUCCUGCUUUCCUAAUAUAGUUUGUUAUUGAUUUUUUUAACUUUAUUUUUUAUUUUUUAUUUUUUAUUUUUUAUUUUUUAUUUUUUAUUUUUUAUUUUUUAUUUUUUAUUUUUUAUUUUUUAUUUUUUAUUUUUUAUUUUUUAUUUUUUAUUUUUUAUUUUUAUUUUUUUAUUUUUUUUAUUUUUUUUUUUGUAACAGCGUAUCGGCCGUCUGCGUUGAAAACCCCUUGUUUGUCAGAUACACGGUGCCCUCCAGAAGUACUGGAACAGUAAAUACUCGUGUAGACUGCAUUUAGAGGUGAAAACAACAACAAAAGAUAAGCCGUCUAUGGAUGAAAAAUGAAUCAUUCCAUAAAAGAGAAGUUUCUGAGAGUCGUCAGCGUACUUUUUGGCAAAUUCCAGCCUAGCCUUCCUGUUCUUCUUGCUAAUGACCAGUUUGCAUCAUCGGCUGAAGUCAUUGUACUUUUUCUUCAUGAAGUCUUCUGAGUUGAUCGUGAUACUUCCACUCCUGCCCUGUGCUGAUUGUUGUUGUUGUCACUACUGGGUUUUUUCCGGUCAGGGGUCUUGAAAUGCUGGCUUUUCAACUGAAUUAAAAAGCAGCAUUUCUUGUAUGAUGAAAAAGCAGCAUUUCUUGUGUGAUGACUUUGCAUUUUGCGUUGUUGCGAUGCGUUUGUGGUCACUUUGUCAUCCAAACGUCUCAGUCAGUGUUGAUGGUCGGGAUGAAGGCUAAAGAACUUUUUCAAAAUACCAGCAUUUGAAGCAAUGCUGCAAAUGUUUUACAGACAGUAGAAUUAUCUGUGAGAAAAUGCAUGUCACAAACGCUAAUUGGAUUAAUUUACAGAUUGAGAUA